UACAAUCGCUUAUUAAAACGAGGUUACGUUUAUCUAGUUCACAUUAGUUUUUCGGAUCUUAAAAUACGUAAAGAAAAAUUAUGAAGGAUAUAAUAGAUAAAAAUUUUGAAGAAUCCUAUCCAGAUGUACAUAGUGCAAUAAAAGAAGCAUCCUUUGUAGCAAUUGAUACAGAAUUUACUGGAAUACAAUCGAAUGAUGGACAGAAGUAUAGUUUUAUUGAUUCGUUGGAUAAACGAUACGAAUCAUUAAAGAAAAACAUUGAACCGUACAUAAUAAUUCAAUGUGGUAUUGCUGCAUUUAAAAAGGUUCCUGAGAAUAGUUACACUGUAAAGUGCUAUAAUUUCUAUUUGUUACCAAGAUCUGUACCAUAUAAAAAUAGGCAAUUUUUGUGUCAAGUAUCUGCUAUGGAGUUCCUCUCUCUACAUAAUUUUGAUUUUAACCGAUGUUUAUCUGAAGGUGUAUCAUAUAUAAAUCAAAGUGAGGAAGAACAAUUGAAAGUGCAUAUAGAUAAAGGUGAUUUAGAUAAUAAUUUAAAACAUUUAUCUUACGGAGAAGAAGAUGAUUUUAAGUAUUGUAAAAAUAAAGUCGAAGAGUUUCUGAAACAAACAGAUAAAAUCUCUUUUACAUUACAAACUCCUUCACCUAUUUUACAAUAUAUGAUGCAUAAAGAGUUAAGGAACAAUUUCAAAAACAUUUGGACAAUACCAGGUUACAAAUCGAUAACAGUUGUACGAGUAUCAAAUGACAUGCGUAACAUGUUUGAGCAAGAUAAUAUAUGUUUGGAACAAGAACUGUUAGAUACUUAUAUAGGAUUUUCUAAAAUAUUUAAACUUUUAGUUACAUUAAAGAAGCCAAUAGUAGGACAUAAUAUGCUUUUGGACUUAAUGUUCAUGCACCAACAGUUCUAUAACCCACUACCACAGAAAUAUAAAGAAUUCAAAAAUAAUAUACAUUCAAUAUUUCCACAAGUGUACGAUACAAAAUUUUUGAGCUAUCAACUGAAAAAAAUCAAUAAAAAGGUUAGUUGGAAAACAAAUUCACUAAGUGGUACAUAUAACUAUUUCAAGUCAAAUGAAGGAAAAUAUUUAACAUACAAUGCGCCUAAUGUUCUUAUGCAUCCUUCAAAUGAGUCAAAUACGGACGUAGAAGCUUAUCACACUGCAGGAUGGGAUGCCUAUGUUGCAGGAUAUAUUUUUGUAAAAAUAGGACAUAUAUUAGCUGUAGAAAAAUAUGGACAGGGCUUGCAAAAUCGAACAAUAUCAUCUGCUGAAUUAAUGGGAAGCGUAAAAACGUUAGAAAAUUGUAUAAAUGUAGCAGCGAACACUGAAAUGUAUUUGAAACUUGAUGGAUAUGACCCACCAUUGAUAAAACCACAAUGGCUGCAUGUGAAAUCAAAUUCAUCAUCCAUAGAUAUGAGAGAGAUUAGUGAGAAGUUUUCAUCUUUUGGACCCAUAAAUGUAUUGCCUUUUACUCGGAAACGUGUUCUGGUACAAGUUUCAAGCCGUCAAAGGGCGCUCGACUUGAUAAACCAUUUUCAGAAGAGCAAGGAAUUCCAGGUUACGAAGUACACCCCUAUAUGGCACGCUCAUCCGACUAGUAUAGCCUUGUGACACACAAUAGCCGCAGGUGUCGGAUGCCAACAAACAAACACUGACGAGACCUGCCAAACGUGAUAAUAAACAAUAUCGUACAGUAACGCCACUUUCUAAUUUGAAUUUCCAAUUUUAACUUCACUCUCACGCUUCUCUGUUAAGUUGAAAUACCGCUGAGCAUCCUCUAAAAUGAUUUUUCUACUCAUACAUAUUGACCUGCACCUUUAAACGCGAUCAUUAAGUAAAACUAAAAACAGAAUUUCACCCGAAAGUCCCGAAUGCAUCCAAAUACAUCAACUCUGUGAUCAACGUACGCCAUCACGUUGAUCUCGCGAAGUCACCAGAGAGUCGAGUUUCAUUUUCUAAGAGGAUUAAUUGAAUUUUUAAGAAAAUUGAAUGAAGACUAUUGGCUACGCCUUCGAGGACAUCCAUAGCCCAAGGUACUGGUCCAAAUUCCGAGGGGACAGUUGAAAUAAAGAUCCUUCGUCACUCCCGAUAUUGUACAUGAAAAGAAGAUUUGUGGUUGUUCGUAUAACGCGGUGACCAAAUAUUGUACAAGUAUUACCGUUACAUAAUAAGUGUUUCAGCACUCGAGCAGCGUAUUUCACAGGGAAGCCUAGCCGUGUUCCUACAGCGAGGCGGCUGCAUAUGAUGCUCUCGGUGCAUUAGGAUCGGGCCGCGCUAAGAAGAAUAGCGUUCUCGAAGUUUACGGUGCUUCUUAAACUUUUACGAGCAUUUGAAACUGUUUUAUUUUUCGGAAAUACAAUCUCAGUGUUGUCGGUAACACCCGUAGAACGCGCGUUAAAACGCAUCUCGCGCGUAAAUAUAAAGUUGUCGGUGUAAGUGAUUUAACGGCAGGCGACAUUUACCGCCGCAUAAUUUACCGCAUUAUCACACGGUCCUAAAAUUACAUGGGCCGUGCCUCGCGUUCGGCGGUAAUAAUAAUAACAAUAAUUGUUCCACGGUGGAAAGUGAGCGAAAUCCGCCGGCCAAGCCCCGAGGUCGGAAUAUUUUACGAUUGGAGCCACCGACGUUUUCCCUGACGGCCGGUCCCGUCUUUGUGGGCCAUUUUCAGAGGCCACGCGAUAUCCACUAAUUCGGUAACAUUUUCGCCCGGUGUGACGUAAUCGGAAUUUUAAACGGGCCGGCCCGAUAGGCGAGAUUCGAUUCAAUCGGUGUUGGUGAACGAGGCUAUUCGCGUUGUGUCAAGCGAAUUAAUGGCCGUUCUCAGCGGGCCGAACGGCUAGCUGCGCC